AUGUAAAGAAAAUCUAAUACAUUAAAAUACUUAUGUAAGUUACUUUAUUCUACAACCCCAUUUUGUUAACAUAAGAAUUCUUGUGUUAUGAAUAUGUCAAGAGGUUUGGUAGAGGCAUUCACUAAGGCGUUUUUAGCAAAACUUUGUUUAAAUGCCAUAAUGUUAGUUAUGAGUUCUAAGAAGAUUAUCAAAUCACAAAAUAAAAUCAAAUUGGUGUUUCAAAUUUUAAUCAAUAGGUAAUAUAAAUUCAAUAAAUCAUAGAACUAAUUUUCAUUUAGGGUUAUUUAUGGGUACAUAAACAUUUUUAAUUAAAUGCAUAUAAUGUCUUUUGAGAACAAUUCGAAAUAAAGAAGAUGGUUGGAAUGCUGCAAUAUCUGGUUUUAUUGCAGGAGGAUUGAGUUUUAUAACUUAAAAGCCCCAUGUUCAAAAUAUCUUAAGGGUCUAUUUGUUUGCAAGAGCAACAGAAUGCUUAUACCAGAUUGGUAUUUAGAGGUAAAAUAUUUAAAAAUGAAAAAGAAAGUAUUAUAAUCAUCGAAAAGCCAAUACUGCAAUAGCAUUCAUUUUAAUGACUGCUGUAAUUGCAUAUGGUUUCUUUUUUGAGCCAGACAUAUUACCAAUGGACACAUUUAAGAUGUAUGAAAACUUUUCAUAAUAAACUCUUGUGGAUUAAAUUUGGCAUAUGUGCAAUGUCUAAUAAUAUAGAAAUAGAUGUAAUGUUUGA